ACUCUCAGUCUGUCUCCGCCUGAGUUGGCUUGUAGUAUAUAACUGUAUAAUAUGCCCUUGAACUUCAACCAGUACAACACCUGAUCCAGUUCCAUCCAAUCAUUAAUUCAUCAAUUCAUCAACCCAUUAGAGUCGAUUAUUCAUUCUUUUUAGUAAAAAAUAUAUUUGUUAAUUUUUAAACGAAUUGAAUUUAAUUCCGUCCUGCAAUUAAUCAUGUAAGCGUAGUAUUUUUAUUACGGAAGUUCUCCAGGGUUCAGUUGUAGGAUCCGAACUAACCGCCAAAUCUGAGCGCAGCGCAGUGCAACCAUAGAGGUGGAGCUGGACGGAUCUGAUAUGGAUUAACGCGAGUACGGGUAUACUCAGUAUACAUAUACCUGAAAACAUGAAGUUAACCCUACUUCUCCAGGGGGUGGGCCUUCUUAUAUUAAUAUCGCAGUGCAGUUGUAGUAAAGAGCAUGCACAUCCAGUGUCGGAUUCAAACGAAGUGAGAAGUGAAAAAUCUCUGACUGAAACUGCAGUUAAAGAAGGUCACCAUGAACCACACUCUGAGUUUGGUCAUUACAAUCCUGUUCACGGGCAUGAGAAGCAUGAAUAUCACGUGUUUCACGUGGAGUUUGAUCGCGUUGAAAUCCCCUUCAUCAUCGCACUCUGGAUAUUCGUCUCCUCACUUGCUAAAAUAGGAUUUCACAUGACACCGAAGCUGCACCAUAUCUUCCCAGAAUCCUGUCUUCUUAUCGUUGUUGGAAUAAUCAUAGGAUUUUUAUUGUUCCUGACUUCUGAGCACCCUCCUUCCACCCUCACCCCUGAUGUUUUCUUCCUUUUCAUGCUUCCACCAAUCAUUCUUGAUGCAGGAUACUUCAUGCCCAACAGGCUGUUUUUUGAUCAUCUUGGAACAAUUCUAUUGAUGGCUGUAAUAGGAACGAUUUGGAAUGUCCUCACAAUAGGAGUUGCUCUGUGGGGAGUAGGACAGACAGGUCUAUACGGAGAACAUGAUACUCCGGGUAUACUGGAAACCUUUCUCUUCUCAUCUCUCAUCUCAGCUGUAGAUCCUGUAGCCGUCCUAGCGGUCUUUGAAGAAAUACAUGUGAACGAGGUUCUUUAUAUCAUCGUAUUCGGAGAAUCACUUCUCAACGAUGCUGUAACUGUUGUUCUCUACCACAUGUUCGAGGCAUAUGUCGAGAUCGAGGAGAAGAACCUCGUCGCCACCGAUAUUGCCAAGGGGUUCGCCAGCUUCAUCGUUGUGGCGGGUGGAGGAACUAUUAUCGGCAUAAUCUGGGGAUAUGUUACUGGAUUCGUUACAAGGUUUACAAUCCAUGCUACAGUUCUUGAACCUCUGAUCGUGUUUAUAAUGGCCUAUCUCUCCUACCUCACAGCUGAAAUAUUUCAUAUGUCUGGAAUCCUGGCCAUCACGUUCUGCGGAAUAACUAUGAAGAACUACGUGGAGCAGAAUGUAUCGGCCAAGUCUCAAACGACGAUUAAAUACGCGAUGAAGAUGUUGUCGAGCAGCUCCGAGACCAUCAUCUUCAUGUUCCUGGGCGUAGCAACUAUACAUGACGAGCAUGAUUGGAAUUGGUGGUUCGUCAUUUUGACAAUUCUAUUCUGCACAAUAUUCAGAUGCCUGGGGGUUCUGAUUCUUUGUGCCAUGGCAAACCCGUACAGGUUGCAAAAGCUGGGUGCUGUAGACCAGUUUGUUAUGAUGUACGGGGGGCUCAGAGGAGCUGUAGCCUUUGCUUUAGUACUUCUGGUGGACCCUCAUGUUGUACCACAUGCUCAUAUGUUCGUUACAACAACCAUAGCCAUGGUGUACUGGACAGUGUUUGUACAGGGUAUAACAAUAAAACCUCUGGUAAAGUUCUUAAACGUGAAAACUGCCUCCGAGAAAGAUACAUCUAUGAAUGAACGGAUCACAGGACGGUUUAUGGAUCAUAUUAUCUCCGGGAUGGAAGGUGUACUGGGAGAGUUUGGAAACCUGAAGAUAAGAGAUAUGUACAGGCAGCUGGAUAUUAAAUAUAUUAAACCAUGUUUACUCCGCGAAAACAAGGUCCGAGAUCCUAAGAUUAUCGAAACCUACGAAGCAUUGAAGAAAAACGAUAUGGAGGAGAAUAUCAAGAGGAACUCGAGCAGUUUCUCCAGGCUGCCGCAGAUCAAGGAAACUAAGAGCAUGUCCCAACUGCUUCAAAGCCAGGGAGAUGUAGAGAACGUGGACUUGAAGGAGAUCCACUUCAGCCAAAGCACCAGGAGCCUGACAGAGGCCAAGAUUCAUCAUCUCCUAUCAGAAACAAUGGACUGUUCCUUUAAGAAAGCUAGGCCACCGACAUAUAGUCGACAUAAUGUUACUGACAACAAUUCUAAAAAUAAUUUUGCUGAAAUCACGCAGGUUAGAAGAAUGAGAAGUGAGAGGAAGAAGAAAAAAGAAACAAAGCAACCAAACUCCAAGAAUCUAAGAGUAUCAGGAAGCUCUAAGCAGCUGAUAGAUGAACAUAUUCACGAGGUUAUCGCUAACGAUGAACAGAAUCCCCCGGCAUACAGUGAAAUAGAAGAGUUUAUCAACUUCAAGGCCAAACAUUCAGAGAAAAAGAUCCAAGAAGAAAAAAUUGAUACAACUUUUCCAUGGAAAACGAAUAAAGGAUAUAUAAAUACAGAGGGACCAGCAACUAAGAAUGACGCGAAGGCCUACCUCUAUUUCAACAGAAGAGAGUCCCAAUUGAGUUUAAUGGGUGAAGGACAUCAAUCUCCAGUUCUCUCAGACGAACUAUUUUUAAAUGCACUUGGUAGCCGACGAACUAGCUACGCUGCAACUACAGACAGACGAUUUAGUCACAUUGACACCAGGAGACCAUCUUCACUGAAGGACCCGGAGAACUCUACUCCUGUCACUCCGACCUCAACGGAGAAACCUAAGUUCCACGUAGAGAGUGAUUCUAAGAAAUCAACUAGCAAAUAACGUAUUUAUGAAAACCUUAUUAUACUCCUUACAUUAAAAACAACAAUACAUACAGUAUAGAGAUUAUUUUUAAUAUAUAUUACGAUAAUUUUGUAAAUAUCAUUUUUCCUUUGUAAAGUAAAUGUUCUCUGUAAAAAAAGAAUUAAAAUCAGUGAAAAUCGG